UCGCGGGUUCGGGGAGCUCUUAGUCGAGCGCGCACGCAGCCACCUGCGCGCGCGGGUGUCAAGUGGCACGCACGAGCGAAGGGUGUGUGCGUGUAGGGACUCCGCCUCGGGAGCACGAGCUGCGCCGUUGAGGCGCAAAAAAAACCCCACCAAACCAACCUGAGGGAAGGUCGCCGCUCCGUUCUUCUUUUCGCCUUCCCUGCUUAUAAGGCAGCCUUCAUCAGCGGCGGUGGCUCCCGGAGGACUCUCUCGACCCCGGGCUAUGACCUGCCUCCCAAGCUACCUGAGUGGCGGCAAUCCCGGUGCCACCCUCCGCGCCUUGCUCAAAUCUUUACGGCGGCAACCGCCGCCAAGGAGGCACCUGGCCGUCCCGCGCGUCCGCUUGGCUGAGCCCGCGGCUUCUUCCUUCGCCGCCGCCACCACAGCUGGACUCCCCCUGCGUUGCCCCUCGCUGGCGGGAGAAGGGUCGCCGCCGUCGUUUUCUUCUUCGUCGCCACCCUCCUUUCCCCUUCCUUCUCCUUCCCCUUCGCGGCGGUGCCUCGGCUCCGGCGGCCGCUCGAGCUUGUCCUCCAAGGCCGGCAGCGCCUUUCGCCCAUCCCGGGUAGUGGUGGUGGCCAAGACGACCCGUUACGAGUUCGAGCAGCAGCGGUACCGCUAUGCGGGGCUCUCCGAGGAGGAUCUCAAGCAACUGCUUGCAUUAAAAGGAUCUAAUUAUAGUGGUCUAUUAGAGCGGCAUCGGAUUCAUACCAAAAAUGUGGAACAUAUUGUAAAUAGUCUAAGAAAUGAGAAGAUUGAGGUUCGGCUUGUGAAACGGAGAGACUAUGGUGAAGAGACUGUCCGGUGGGCAGAUGCUGUUAUAGCAGCAGGAGGUGAUGGAACAAUGCUUCUGGCGGCCAGUAAGGUGCUGGAUCGAUUAAAACCAGUUAUUGGAAUAAAUACAGAUCCAGAUAGAUCUGAGGGCCAUUUGUGUUUACCUGUACGAUAUACGCACUCAUUUCCAGAUGCUUUGCAGAAAUUUUAUAGUGGUGAAUUCAGAUGGCAAUGGAGGCAACGAAUCCGGUUGUACCUUGAAGGAACUGGUAUUAACCCAGUCCCUGUAGAUUUACAUGAACAGCAACUGAGUCAAGAACAGCAUAGUAGGGCUCAUGUUAAUGGAAGAUUUCAGGAUCAAAGAUCUCAGAUUUCUGAACCACACCUCUUGCCUGUAAGAUCAUUAAAUGAAGUCUUUAUUGGAGAGUCUCUCUCAUCCAGGGUGAACUAUAAGUCCUGCAAACCCAGUUUUAAAUUCUCCCUUCAUAGGGCUUCUUAUUAUGAAAUAUCAGUUGAUGAUGGUCCAUGGGAGAAACAAAAAAGCUCAGGUCUCAAUAUAUGCACUGGAACUGGAUCAAAAGCUUGGUCUUUUAAUAUCAACAAAAUAGCAAAUCAGGCUGUGGAAGAAAUUCUUAAGAUUGCUAAAAGUUAUGAGAAUUUAAAGCUUCCGUUGAACAAGGAAUUAAUACAGAAAGUAACAAAUGGAUAUAAUGAAUCACUGCUCUAUAGUCCAGAAGAACCCAGAUUGUUUUUUAGUAUACGAGAACCCAUUUCAAACCGUGUUUUUUCAAGUAGUCGGCAACGAGGUUUUGCUUCAAAAGUUUGCAUUCGCUCUCGUUGUUGGGAUGCCUGUAUGGUGGUAGAUGGAGGAACUUCAUUUGAAUUUAAUGAUGGAGCAAUAGCAUCAAUAUUAAUCAAUACAGAAGAUGCCCUGCGUACUGUUUUGUUAGAAGAUUGAAGAUGUCAUUGAGAGUAUUCAAAAUUCUUCAUAAAGAAAUAAGCUGCAUCAAUUCUAGUGUGAAAAUAGCUCUUUACAUAUAUUUGGGAAACCAAGAUUGAAAUGACUUCUUUUUUUUGUUUCUGAAUGAGAAACUCUUGGAAAAAUCAUUGUUUUGCCAUUUAUUACAUCUUGUAAUAUGAAAUAUAAUUGGUUUGUAUCUCAGACCAACAAAUUAUUAGCCCUUAAAAGCUUGAUUCCACAGAAUGCUUUUUAAAUGAAGGUGGAGUCAAAUGCAAUUGGUAUUAAUAUUAAAGUAUAAACUUCAAUGGAAGUAGUAUACAACUGAUUCAACAAAAUACCUUGGAACCCUUUCAGUUUUUAAAGCAAAUAAUAUAAAGGUUAAUCUAAAGAUGUUUGGUCAUACUCCAGUGUGAUAUCCAAAAAAAUUUAAUAACACUUUUGUAUUCAGAAAGAACUUUAAUUUUUUUUAAUUCUGCAUGUUUGAAGUAGGAUUCAUUACUGUUCUUCUAUUACACUCUAAUAUUCAUACUUCUACCAUGUUUCUAUUUACCAUUGCAUUUCUUGUAUCAUACCAAACUGGCUAUUGAGUUCCCAGUAUUCCCCCAUCCCAUUCGAGCACCAAGCAUGUAGACUUAAAUAUAAUUAACUGCCUGCUUGUGCUUUGGAUAGGCCUACCACAAGCAGAAAUAAUGAUGCAGUUGAGGGUUGGCUAGCUUAAUUGUUUUUUUACUCCCAAGGACAGGUGCUCCAUUGAGUAGGUCCUAAGAUAGCAAAAUAUCACAAGAUCAUUCCUUUAAAAAUUUAACUGUGUAUUUGUGUUAGGAGUAUAAUAAUCUUUACAUCUCAAGUGCAGCAAUAUUCAUGCAUUAUGAAAAUUUACUCGUUUUUGCAGUCUCUAAAGCAUAUGCAUGAAUAGUUUCAAGAUAAUGGGAACAUUUUGUUCACAAUAGUGUAUAAACCCAAUAUUAUACAAACAAGUCCAAGUGUUUUUCCACUCAGGGAUAGAAUCUUCUCCUUUGCUUUCCUCCCAAAUCAUUUCUAGAAGUUUCCCCUAGUCCUCAAGAACUUUGUGCCUGGGAGGUGUGGAAUGGAGAGAUUUAUUUGACCCUUUCCUAGUUCUAUCCAUAGAAGCUGUUUUUCUUACAGAAUUGAAUUCCCCUCCUCACAUUUUACUUGACAGAAGUGUGUGACGACUGCCAGCCUUUUUUCCUUUGUUUAUUUCAGGUAGCUGUUGUAUGCAAAAGUCUUUGCAAAGAUAGUAUUCAGCAGUAUAUUAGUUUACAUUACUUACACCAGGAUAUUUUGCAGAUUGGCUGCCACUAAAAAGAAAUCAUCUUUGAUGAUUUCAAAAGAAAUUAUUCUUGUUGGUUUUAAUGACAUUUUGAAAAUGUUACAGAAUGCGUUAGCUGCUUAUAUUUGAAAUAAUGAUAACCUGCAAUGUGAGAGAACUAAAUGAUGAAUUCUUUUUCUAAUUGCAAAGCAAAGUAUUGCAAAUUAUAUCUUUAGGGCUUAACAUGAAGAGUUAAGAAAAUUGAAAAUCAGUUUUACAAAGAUUGUGUUCAAUUUGCAAUACCAGAAUGAUCAUAAACCUUUUAGAAGACACAGUGGGGGUGGGGAUUGAAAUAUACAUGUCCGGCUUCUAUCAUGGAAAGCUUCUAGAUCUUUCAGUGAAAGUGUGAGAUUAUCUGUUUACAUGUUAUUUUAGCUAUUGGAAAGCUGAAAUGGAUUUUGUUUCAAGUAAAUAUUUUUAAAACACAAGUGAAAUAAAGCCAGGAUGGAUAUGCUCUGUAAUUGUUAGUUUGAAAUUAAGGAAGUUGUAAAAUGGGUUCAAUGUACUCAGUGUUUGUUUUGUGAUCUUCAAGUUCUAAAGUUGACACUGUUAAUUUGGGAGUAUGGGCAACUUUGACUUGAAUAUGUUUUUCUUAGCCAGCAUGCUGAACUAUCCGUGUCUAAGUCUUGGUUCUCUCUGGUGGGUUUCCAACUUUUCUAGAUCAGCAGAAGCAUGAGGAAUGUUGAGGCCAUGCCAACAUCUGCCUUCGGAUUGUGACUGUUCACAAAAUGCCUGCCUUUACAACCUUAGCCAGUCAUUUACAAGAAGGCAAACUGACCAAGAUGCUUUCUUGUGGAGAUGUGUACAUUUCUAAGGAAACACUUGGCUGCAAUUGUACUUUCCAGAUUGCUUCUGUGACUGUGUGACGCUAAGAGUAAAGGUGAUACUCGAGGUUGACACUUCGCUUUGCAACUUUCCUUGGUGUCUCUUUUAUUAAAAACAAAAAAUUAAACCAGAUUGAGUUCUAAGGGAGAUGUCCACAGCAGUCUCUUGCUAGGACUUACUAAAUAUCUGAAGGGCACUGUGUUCUCAUGGCAAAUGGAUCAUCAUGUUGAAAAUUUAUGUCCCAUUUUCUUAAAUUGUGCCAGUAAUGAAGGGUUAAGAAUACCAUAGUAUUGUUGUCUAUUAGAUAAAAAGAUAAUAAAAAGAUGCAAGGAGAAGCUGUCCUUUGAAAUGAUGUGAUCUAAAAUUUGGGUUUUACUUGCUAUUUUGUAUAGCAGUGUUCUUAGAUGCCUGUCUAAAGAAAAAGCAGAGGAAGAUAUCAUAGUGGGCUUUUUGAGUCCUGCCAAAGAUUUUUAGAAACUUAGUGUUCUUUGGGAAUAAGCAAACAUCCUUCCUUAUCAUCUGGCUCAUGCCAUCUAGGCUGAGAGCUGACAUUUUGGGGAAUACAAAUUUCACACUAAAUGCCAAAUCUGUCUGAUAUCACAUCAGUGUCUAUACCACUGUGUGCUGUCAGGGCUUUAUUUUAUCUGUUCCUUCUACUGGCCAGUCAGGCAGCAGUGGGAAGGGCUUGUGAACUAUAAGCAAUUAACAUUUAGACACUAUUUAGUAGAUUUUGAAAGGGUCACUUUUUGUUUUCAGUCACAUUUUGAGAGGAUAAAAAUGUUUGUGUUUUCGCUGUAUGCCUUACCAAGCAAAACUCUCUCUUAAUCCUCAACUUGCUGAUGUUCUCGACCUUCCUAAUGAUGCAAUUAAACAUGCCAGAUGUGCUUUUUUUUAAAAAUGGGCAUCAAAGAAACAAUUGAGAAACAAUUGAGUGACAAACUAUAUAUUUUCUGGCCAUGAUAGUUAAUGGUAAUAAAAAUAGGGUGGAAACAAGACAGUCUUGAAAAAGAUUUAUCUUAAGAACAUGCCUUUAAGCCAAAAUUUCUUAAAGCAAAUAUUGCUGUGUCAAAAAUAGUUGAAUGUGCACAAAUUAAACUCAAUACAACUAUGCCUUUUUUCAAAAUUGUUUUAUUUAAAAUAAUGUAUGCUGUGGUUAAUAAAUUAAUAAAUGUA